GAGCCCUCCCCCGACGCCCUCCUCUCUCUCUCCCCCUUCAGCCUGAAACUCCUGGACAACUGGGACAGCCUGAGCAGCACCUUCAGCAAGCUGCAGGAGCAGCUGGGCCCGGUGACCCAGGAGUUCUGGGACAGGGUGGAAAAGGAGACGGAGACGCUGAGGCAGGAGAUGAACAAGGAUCUGGAGGAGGUGAAGCAGAAGGUGCAGCCCUACCUGGAAGACUUCCAGAAGAAGUGGCAGGAGGAGAUGGAGACGUACCGCCAGAAGGUGGCGCCGCUGGGCGCGGAGCUGCGCGAGGACGCGCGCCAGAAGAUGCAGGAGCUGCAGGAGAAGCUGA